ACCCAGCGCCCCCUCAUUUCCUUCUUACUGCCCAAGAUGGUCGUUGGCACUGUGGAGCGCGGCAUAGCUGUCCUCCGCUCUCCCUAGCUUUUACUUCCCGGUUUAGAUAUUAUUAUAGUUAUAUAGUUAUAGAUUUAGUGUAGUACAGUAGUUGUUAGUUAUAGAUUUAAGUUUUAGUGAAGUUAGCGGGCUGGAAGGGGUCCCUCCCCCCCUUCCUCCCGGCGUGCUGCCCGGGCUCAUGCCCAAGGCUCUGGGCUUUAAGCCGUGCUCAGCCUGUUCAAAGCCUAUGCCAACGGGAGAUCCCCAUGACUCUUGUUUAAAGUGCCUCGGGGAGUCUCACCAGACCGAAAAGUGCAAGAUCUGUAAGGCUUUCAGGCCUCGAACCAAAAAGGAGCCAGACUUUAGACUCAAACAGCUCCUAUGGAGGCAGCCCUCAGCCCGGAUCCUCCUUCAGCACGCCAAGUUCCAGCACCGAGUGCCUCAGUGUGCAGUGCUCCGGCGGCGACUUCCAGUACUGCACCGCAAGGAGAUGUGGAUAGAGUCCCACGGCACCGGCCUUCACCAGCACCACAUCCACUGCAAGCAUCUUGGCGCCGGUCCUUGUCCCCAGGUCAGAAGAGACCUCACAAAUCAGAGGGGACUGCCUCCCAACAACAGGCACCGGCACCCCCCUUACCUAUCUCGGAUGCGCGUCCGGGACCAGAGCGACUGAGGAUACAGGCGCUGAUAUCGGCACCGUUGACUCCGACACCGGCAGAAGGGCCGUUGAGUCCGGCGCGGACUGGCUUCCUGACCCGCACCGUGGUUGAGCCCCGUCUUCCAUUGACGCUGGAGACGUUUGCGACGGCUAGGGACCUCAUUGCCCUUACAGAACCGGCACCGACUCAGGCUACGGUACUGCAUCCCACCCGUGCGGUGCAGUCUAGGGGCAAGCCAGCCCUAUUACGUCCACCAUCUCUGAGCGUGGACUCUCGGCACCGCUCCCGAUCUAGGAGUAGGUCCCGGCGCCACUCGUAGUCCCGGCACCGUUCUCUAUCACGGCACCGGUCAUACUCACGGCCCAGAUCUUCCUCCCGGUACCGUUCCGCCUUGCGGCACCGCCUCGGUACCGUUCGAACUCCCGACGCCGCUCCCGGCACCGGUCAGAGCGCCGAUCCUGCUCGAGAAGCUGCUCCCGGCACCACUCCUACAGACGGUCUUCAUCGCGAUUCAGGUCUGGAUCUCGGAACCGGCAUGACCAUCGACACCAUUCUCGAUCCCGGUACCGCUUCCUGGCAUCACGCAGAGACAGUUCUCCUGUGGGCCAGCACCGUUCGGGACCGUUCCCAGGGGAAUCAACGCACACAUGCUCCGCACCGCCCUGGCCCUCACGAUCCGCCUCACGCUCUUCCCAGUCGGACGGCGCCUCCUGCUCAGCCUAUCCCGCACCGGGCCAAGCAGCGGACAACCUGGGUCACUGGCAGGAUGAGGCCAAAGACCCUAGCCAGGAGCCUGCACAGUGUUCUUUCUGGACCCCAUGGGCGUACCACCAAGCCCAAGGGGUUCCACCUGCGGCCUCCUGCUCAGCACAUUCAGACUCCCGAGUACCGGAGGCCACCAUCAGUCGUCCCCCCCUGGGGGGUAAGGAGGCUCCUUACCCACUCCUACGCAGGCCCCAGACCCCGGUACAAUUGAUCCUGAACAUCAGGACCCCUCGCAAUUGGACCCGCCACAGGGUCCAUUAGCCCCGGUAGCAUCUUCUCCAGAUGAGGUGGGGGGGGGACGACGACACCCACCCCACCCCCCCGAUAGACCUACGUGCUCACCAAGACCUUUACAUAGGGUGGCAUGUAACAUGGACCUCCAAGCAGACGAGAUAGUGGAGUUGGAGGACCCGGUGGUGAGCAUCCUUUCAGCUGACGCCCCGUCCCGGGUAGCGUUGCCCAUCAUCCGCACCAUUCAGGCCAACGCCAAGACAAUAUGGCAGACCCCUGCCUCUAUCCCACCUACUGCCAGAGGGGUGGAGAGGAAAUACUUUGUUCCCUCUAAGGAGUAUGAAUACCUGUAUACUCACCCUCAGCCGUGUUCACUGGUGGUGUCCUCAGUGAACUCAAGGGAACGGCAUGGUCAACAGGCCGCAGCGCCCAAAUCUAAAGACACCAAGUGCUUCGAUUUGUUUGGAUGCAAAAUUUACUCAGUGAGGGGCCUACGGCUCAGAGCUGCAAACCCAACUGGCGCUCUUGAGCUGUUAUGAUUAUAACUCGUGGAACUCCAUGGGUAAAUUUAAGGAGUUGAUUCCACGACAGUCCAGGGAUGAGUUUGGGGCUUUAGUGGAAGAGGGCAAAAAGGUGGCUAGGACAUCCUUACAGGCCUCUCUUGAUGUAGCAGAGACUGCUGCUAGGACCCUGGCGUCGGGCAUAGCUAUGCGACACAUCUCCUAGCUUCAGGUGUCUGGCUUACUGCCAGAACUGCAACAGACCCAGCAGGAUCUACCAUUUGAUGGGCAGGGCCUAUUUUCGGACAAAACAGACUCUCGGUUACAGAGCCUAAAAGACUCCAGAACCAUCAUGCGCUCCCUGGGGAUGCAUAUCCCAGUUACCCAGUGCAGGCCCUUUAGACCACAGCCUCAAAGGUUCUACCCUCCCCCUUGUCCAAGGCAAGACUUUUACAGAAGACGUGGACAAGGUGGUAGAAGGAGAUCCACUGGCCACAAACCCGGUCAGAACCAAGGCCCUCCUAAACCAUCGUCAGGGCCCAGGCAAAAUUUUUGAAGGUGCGCCCGAGGAUGGCGUACUAGUCACCACCCAGGAUCCUUUCCUUCCAUUUCGAGAUCGUCUCUCCCAUUUUCACCAUGCGUGGUCCCUUAUAACUUCAGACCAAUGGGUUCUUCGCAUGGUGGAAAGGGGAUAUUCUCUCCAAUUUUCUUUUCCCCCAUCCCUCUUCAGGGACCACUCACACGAGCAAUUCCUUAUACAGGAGGUCUUUACACUCCUGUCCAUGGGAGCGAUUGAGGAGGUUCCAUCAGAGCUAAGGGGCACGGGGUUUUACUCCCGCUAUUUCCUAAUCCCCAAGGCAAAAGGGGGACUUCGACCCAUAUUAGAUCUGUGCGGACUCAACAAAUUCAUGGUAAAGUUCAAGUUCCGCGUGGUCUCAUUGGGGACAAUUAUCCCUUCCCUGGAUCCUGGAGACUGGUAUGCCGCCCUCGACAUGAAGGACGCGUAUUUUCACAUAGCGAUUUACCCUCCGCACAGGCGCUUCCUUCGCUUUGUGGUGAACCACGAACAUUACCAAUUUGCCGUCCUUCCCUUCGGGCUGUCCACGGCUCCGAGAGUGUUCACCAAAUGUAUGGCCGUCGUGGCAGCCUACCUUAGUCGUCAACGGAUACAGGUGUUCUCGUAUCUCGACGACUGGCUCAUUCGGGGCCACACCAGGGAAGAAAUGCGAUUCCCACGUCCAACUCACCCUAGGCANGUUCCGCAAGCUGGGCAUCUUACUCAACAGAGAGAAGUCAACUCUGGAACCAACCCAGAGAAUAGAGUUUAUCGGGGCAGUCUUAGACUCCAGACUCGCCUGCGCUCUCCUGCCAGGCACUCGUUUUCAGGCUAUUGCAAACAUCAUCCGCAGCCUCCAAAGCUUCCCGACAUCCACGAUAGGAACGUGCCUCGACCUUUUGGGGCACAUGGUGUCGUGCACUUACAUAACCAGGCAUGCCAGACUUCGGCUCCGCCCGCUUCAGGCCUGGGUAUCAACGGUGUAUCGUCCAGGUCAGGACAGCCUGAACAUGGUGGUCACGGUUCCGGAAUCGGUCUUGACCUCCCUCAGCUGGUGGCUGAACCACACAUCGGUGUGCGAAGGGAACCAUUUCACACCCCACAACCUUCCUUAUACUUUGUCACAGACGCAUCAUCUCUGGGCUGGGGCGCCCACCUCGGGGAAGACCAGACGCAGGGCCUUUGGACUGCAUCCGAACUAACUCUGCACAUCAAUGUAUGA